AUUCAUUCAAAUAACAACGUCAGUGAAGUCCGUCAAAAAACAUAAGAGGACAACUUUUUUUUUCUUUAAAUAGCCUUACUCUUUUACGGGCAACACGGAUGUGCGUGUAUAAAAAAGAUAAAUCAUGUUUAAUAUCUCACCUCUCGAGGACGCUUUAAAAGUGAUAUUGCUAAUGUUGGCGUUAUAUUGUAAGUGUGUGCAUUUCCUGUUCAACUUCUUAUUUUAGAACGUAUUUUGUAUUUUUAACAAAGCUUCAACUUUUCUUGAAUAUAAAUCUCGAAAAUAUUUACAAAAAGUUUAUUUUGAUAUCAUUACAUAAUUUGUUUGAUGAUAUUUGUAGCAGUUCGUGGGGAGUCUGGAAUUAUCUUCAAAAAAAACACCAAUCAAAGCAUUGGCUUUGUCCGGCAAUUGCAGGUGUGGACUGGAAUAGGACUCAUUGAAUGCACUCGUCGAUGUUUACAUCAGCUCAACACGUCGUGCAGCGGGGUCGUGUACGACAAUAAAACAUGUGUUCCUGGUAAGAGGGAGAUAAAGACUCCCUUAUAGUUUUAUAUAAAAUAAGCACGUGUGUUUUCGCACGUGCAGAUGUUUGCACGUGAUUUUAGAUGUGUUAGCAUACCAGUAGCAUUUAAUAAAGUUCAUUAAAUUCUUCAACUCGAUAUGAAAAAAAAAGAUUUCUUGGCAAUUGAACAUUACAUGUUCUUCGUUUAAUUUUGGGUUUCUACGUGACACAGGGAUAAGUGAUUAUAACAACAGAGAAGUCAGUGACUUUUAAGUUCUAUUAUAAACUUGGUAAUAUUUCGUAAAUUAUUCGUUAAAAUUUAACUAUAUGUGAUAAUACACAAGCCUGUAUUAUAAGUUUAAAAUGUCUAUUUUUUAAUUCUUUUUUAAAAGUCCUCUUUUGCCAUUGUAAAAUGCAUUGUUACUUUUGUAGAUGAUGCGAGAAUAAGUCAAACUCAUCUUAUGGGGUGCAGUUUAUACAGAAAAAGUUAAUAAAAGACUUUUAAUGGUAGCCUACAUAGAUUUUCAUAUACGUAAUAAAUUAAUUUUACAUGUCAGAUGCUUUAAAUUGCAUUUAUAUUCCAAAUUUGUAUUUAAAUGUAUGAACCACAUUACUUUUUUUUUUAAUUAGGACAUUUUCCAACAAAAUAGUUUUGGUUUUUUGUUGAUGCUUAAAUCACAUUUCUCCUUAAGUAUUGGAUAUGUCCGCUAUCUAUAACAGGUUCAUGUAUGGUGAAUGUCACUCCAAACCCCCAAGUACCACAAGGGAUCAUGUACUACAAGCCAGAACUUUGUAAAAGAACUCACCCUUGUGUGGAAUAUACUGUGAAAGAUUCAACGACAUGUUUGUGGGUGGUACAAUCACCUAUUUCAUCUACUGAAGCUCAGGACAGUUGCAAAUGUAAAAUCAGUUUAACAAUGAAGUUUCUAGUAAUUUGUUAUGUUUUACUUAUAAGGGGGGGGGGUGUCCUAAAUAAAUCUUUAGUCUGCUUAAAACCUUUAAAGAAUCCGAUAUUCCAGCAGUUUGUGUGUGCGUGUGUAAUUCAAUGAUUACUCAAUUCAUUCAUCCAUAAUCAAAUAGUUGACUACUUCAUCAUCUCCACGACACGGCGCCCAGUCAAUUCAUAGCCUCAUAUUCCUUACUAACGUGCCUCGCGGUGCCCUAAACACAAUCCCCAUACUCCUUCAUUGCCCAAAUUCUUCCCAUCGACAAAACACAAUCCCCAUACUCCUUCAUUGCCCAAAUUCUUCCCAUCGACAAAACACAAUCCUCCACGCCAGACCCCUCUCUCACACUUUUCUUUAUCGUCUAUCCUCCAUUAUUGUCUGUCACGUAGCGUUCUAUGGUUUUGAAAAUUUAAUCUGUUUUCAGAUUUGGCUUUUCCAAUGAAAAAUACUUUUAUAUAGAGUUGAAAAAUCAGUUUUCAAAGAAAACGAUACCAACGCUAGUCAUACUAACAAUAUUCAAUUUAAGUUUACUAUUAUAUUUAUAUAAAAUAAAACAUCAAAUAAAAAAAAAAAACUAUAUCAACUUACAGCACAGCAAGUGAAAGGGUAGAAUCGUCGAAAGAUACGAAUAUUAAAUUCACACAGAGACUUCAAUCUUGAAAGCAUUUAAAGCCUUGUUUAUGUCUUGCAAAAUUAGCAAAAAUCUCCCCCGGCGAGGACAGCUGCCAGUCUAUGUAUAGGGAGUAAAUCGGAAUCCUAAAGAAAUGCCUAACCUAAUAGCAUUCAUUAGAACAAAUAGAACGUAUUCGAACGUUAGCAACCUUUUCCCAAUCCAUGGAGGGGUGGGUAAAAGGAGUAGUACAGAACAUUUAAUCGGUGACGUCAAUAUCUAAGGAAAACAAAGGCGAGAUCCAUACUGACCACAACCCAAAAAUUAGGUUUACACACACGCCAUAAUACUACCCCUAUUAACAGUUAACCUUUACUCUCCCCAUCGAAUCAACAAAAACAAAUACAUUUAGACUUCGAAAAGGUGAAGCUGUAACAAUUAUUGUUUUCGUAUUUAUUAUUAAAACAAAUAAAGCUAAUGAUUAGUAAUUAAAUAAUUGUUAUUCUCCACCUCAAACGAUAUGUAACUAUUCUAAUCUGGGAAGGUGACAUCUAUAUUUGUCUUAAGGUUUAUUUAAAAUUUCAGCAUAUAACGGACACCUCUAUACCAUGAGAAGUACGGAAAAGUCGGACAUUUUAAAAAGAGCAAACCUUGUACCAAAUAACGAAUAUUGGAUAGGACUGAAUGAUAGGGAAGAAGAGAAUGUCUUCAGGUGGGUGGACAAUGGUGAAAUAAUGUCUCAGGAGCAGCGUAUUCGACUUUUUAAGCCAAGUGAGUGAGAAUAGCAAAGCGCCUGAUGUUUUACGGCCUUGGUGAAUUUAUUUUAGAAUAGAAAAAAAAACUGUUGAUUUCUCCUUAUUUCAUUUCCAACCCAAACAGGAAAUCUUUGUUUUAUUUCCUUUCAUUUUUUGUUUACACAGAUAGGUUUUUAGUAAUGUUCGGGUUUCAGUUUUCUAGCUUGUAUACGAGUAUUUGUUUUACGCUUUGCCGUUUACAUUUCAGAUCAGCCAGACAAUGCUGACUCUGGUGAGGAUUGUGUCGUAUACGACCAAAGGACACAACGUCUGCACGACGACAAAUGUCAUAGACAAAAAGCUUAUAUUUGUGAGAUUUAAAAAAAAAAUACUGUCUCAAAAAUUUAAAUGCGCAUAUGAACAUGGGCGAAGAAGGC